AUGAAGUAUUCUUGCUGUGCUCUGGUUUUAACUGUCCUGGGCACAGAAUUACUGGGAAGCUUGUGUUUGACAGUCAGAUCCCCAAGGUUCCGAGGGCGGAUACAACAGGAACGGAAAAACAUUCGACCCAACAUUAUCCUGGUGCUCACUGACGAUCAGGAUGUGGAGCUGGGGUCUCUGCAAGUCAUGAACAAAACAAGAAAGAUUAUGGAGCUUGGGGGGGCCACCUUCAUCAACGCCUUUGUGACCACGCCUAUGUGCUGCCCAUCCCGCUCCUCCAUGCUCACUGGGAAGUACGUGCACAACCACAACGUCUACACUAACAAUGAGAACUGCUCCUCCCCAUCCUGGCAGGCAAUGCAUGAACCUCGGACUUUUGCUGUGUAUCUUAACAACACUGGCUACAGAACAGCCUUUUUUGGAAAAUACCUCAAUGAAUACAAUGGCAGCUAUAUCCCUCCUGGGUGGCGAGAGUGGCUUGGAUUAAUCAAGAAUUCUCGUUUCUAUAAUUACACUGUUUGUCGAAAUGGCAUCAAAGAAAAGCAUGGAUUUGAUUAUGCAAAGGACUACUUCACAGACUUAAUCACUAACGAGAGCAUUAAUUACUUCAAAAUGUCUAAGAGAAUGUAUCCCCAUAGGCCCAUUAUGAUGGUGAUCAGCCACGCUGCACCCCACGGCCCCGAGGACUCGGCCCCACAGUUUUCAAAACUGUACCCCAAUGCUUCCCAACACAUAACUCCUAGUUAUAACUAUGCACCAAAUAUGGAUAAACACUGGAUUAUGCAGUAUACGGGGCCUAUGCUGCCCAUCCACAUGGAAUUUACAAACAUUCUACAGCGCAAGAGGCUCCAGACGCUGAUGUCAGUGGAUGAUUCUCUGGAAAGGCUGUAUAACAUGCUUGUGGAAACAGGGGAGCUGGAGAACACGUACAUUAUUUACACUGCUGACCACGGUUAUCAUAUUGGACAGUUUGGACUGGUCAAGGGGAAAUCCAUGCCAUAUGACUUUGAUAUCCGUGUGCCUUUCUUUAUCCGUGGUCCAAGUGUGGAACCAGGAUCAAUAGUCCCACAGGUUGUUCUGAACAUCGACCUGGCCCCUACUAUCCUGGAUAUUGCUGGGCUUGACACACCUCCUGACGUGGACGGCAAGUCUGUCCUCAAACUCCUGGACCUGGAAAAGCCAGGUAACAGGUUUCGAACAAACAAGAAGGCCAAAAUUUGGCGUGACACAUUCCUAGUGGAAAGAGGCAAAUUCCUACGUAAAAAAGAAGAAUCCAGUAAGAAUAUCCAACAAUCAAACCACUUGCCCAAAUAUGAGAGAGUCAAGGAACUCUGCCAACAGGCAAGGUACCAGACUGCCUGUGAGCAACCUGGACAGAAGUGGCAGUGCAUUGAGGAUACAUCUGGCAAGCUGCGAAUUCACAAAUGUAAAGGCUCCAGUGACCUGCUCGCAGUUCGACAGAGCACGCGAAACCUCUAUUCUCGUGGCUUCCGUGACAAAGACAAAGAGUGCACUUGUGGAGACCAUAGUUAUCGCACCAGCAGGACCCAGAGGAAAAGCCAAAGGCAGUUCCUGAGAAACCAGGGGACUCCUAAGUACAAGCCCAGAUUUGUCCAUACUCGGCAGACACGUUCCCUGUCUGUUGAAUUUGAAGGUGAAAUAUAUGACAUAAACCUGGAAGAAGAAGAAUUACAAGUUAUGCAACCAAGAUCCAUUGCCAAGCGUCAUGGUGAAGGUCACAAGGGGCCAGGAGGUCUCUCGGCUGCCAGCAGUGGGAACGUGGAUGGGAUGCUGGCAGACAGCAAUGCCGUGGGCCUGCCUGCCACUGUCCGAGUGACACACAAAUGUUUCAUUCUUCCAAAUGAUACAAUCCAUUGUGAGAGAGAACUGUACCAAUCAGCCCGAGCCUGGAAGGAUCAUAAGGCCUACAUUGAUAAGGAGAUUGAAGCUCUGCAAGAUAAAAUUAAGAAUUUAAGAGAAGUGAGAGGACACCUCAAGAGAAGAAAGCCUGAGGAAUGUGCCUGUAGUAAACAGAACUAUUACCACAAAGAAAAAGGUGCAAAAAAGCAAGAGAAAUUAAAGAGCCAUCUUCACCCAUUCAAGGAGGCUGCUCAAGAAGUAGACAGCAAACUUCAGCUUUUCAAGGAGAACCGGAGGAAAAAGAAGGAGAGGAAGGAGAAGAAACGCCAGAGGAAGGGGGAUGAGUGCAGCCUUCCUGGCCUCACCUGCUUCACACACGACAACAACCACUGGCAGACAGCCCCCUUCUGGAACUUGGGAUCUUUCUGUGCUUGCACGAGUUCUAACAAUAACACCUACUGGUGUUUGCGGACAGUCAAUGAGACUCAUAACUUUCUUUUCUGUGAGUUUGCUACUGGAUUUUUGGAAUAUUUUGAUAUGAACACAGAUCCUUAUCAGCUCACAAAUACAGUCCACACAAUAGAACGUGGCAUUUUGAAUCAACUACACAUACAAUUGAUGGAGCUCAGAAGCUGUCAAGGUUAUAAGCAGUGCAACCCAAGACCUAAGAACCUUGAAGCUGAGGACAGUUAUGGGAUGGAUGGGAAGGAUAAUCCGUCCACUCUCACAGCAGACAUCAACUGGCAAGGCCUGCAGGAUUUAUACAGUGUGAAUGAAAGCAUCUAUGAGUACAGACAAAACUAUAGACUUAGUCUGGCAGACUGGACUAAUUACUUGAAGGAUGUAGAUAGAGUAUUUGCACUGCUGAACAGUCACCAUGAGCAAAAUAAAGCAAAUGAGACCACCACUGCUCAGACUGAUGGGUUCCUGGUCAUAACUCCUGCACCCCCUGUGCCAGUGGAGAUGGCCUCUGCUGAGUUAGAUGAAGACCCAAAUUAUGUGGUUGGAGAAGAGCCUCGUUUGACCUUGCAAGCCAACUUUAGAACCCAGCAUUUGAACCAACCAACAUUCAGUCCAGAGAGGAGACUUGAAUGGAAUAACGACAUUCCAGAAGUUAGUCGUUUGAAUUCUGAACACUGGAGAAAUCAUAAAACUGAAAAAUGGAUGGGGCAUGAAGUGCUCAAUAAUUUUGACAGCGAUUCCAGUGGCAACAGCAUGACGGAGCUGGUGCUCAAGCACAGCCCUGUUCUGCAGCCCAUGAGCAGGCAUCAGCAAGUUCUUCACCAGGAUGGUGCUCCAGGAGGAGAGGUGUUUGAAGAUCAGCUUCCUGUGCAGCUGGCUGUGAACUCCAGCACAGUAGAAAGGAUGUCGAACAAAGUGGAGGAGAAUCACAAAAGGGAGAACUGACAGAGUCUAGAAGGCAGCACCUCCUCACUAUUCUCCUCUGAUUAG